CGGCCCCAAGAAAUCUGUCCAUCCCCCGAAGCCCACCAAAUCCCCCCAAACAGGAGCAGCCCAAGAUGGCCUCCCCCAACGUCGUCCCCACCUGCGGCGACCUCCCCGCCGCCGUCGCCGCCUUCGCCGACGCCUUCGUCGACUUCGCCGUAUCCGGCAUCUUCUUCCCCGCUGCCUCUCUCCCUGCUCCUCCUCCGCCCGCCACCCCCACCACCUUCCUCCCCUCCCCCUCGCGCCUCGUCGCCAUCGGCGACCUCCACGGCGACCUCGCCAAGUCCCUCGCCGCGCUCCGCCUCGCGGGCCUCCUGCCGGCCUCCAACAACGACCCCGGGCCAAGCUCCACCUCCUGGGCCGCCGGCCCGACCCUCGCCGUCCAGCUCGGCGACAUCCUGGAUCGCGGCGGCGACGAGCUCCGGCUCCUGUACUUCCUCCGCCGCCUCAGCAUCUCCGCCGCGGCGCAGGGCGGCGCGCUGCUCCCGAUCCUCGGCAACCACGAGGUCAUGAACGUGGCCGGCGACUACCGCUUCGUCACCCCGGAGGGCCUCAGGGAGUUCUCCGCCUGGGCCGGCUGGUACCGGGCCGGGCUCGCCAUCAAGCGCCGCUGCGGUGGCCUCGAGCCGCCGAAAAACCCUUUCCUCGGCGUCCCCAAGGCUUUCCCCGGCGUCAAGGCGGAGUUCUGGGACGGCUUCCGGUCCCGCCUCGCCGCGCUACGGCCCGAGGGCCCCAUCGCGCGGAGGUUCCUGGCUGACCUCCCCACCGUCCUCGUCGUCGGCGAUUCCGUGUUCGUCCACGGCGGCCUGCUCGAGGCCCAUGUCGAGUAUGGCAUCGAGCGGAUCAAUGCGGAGGUCAGUGACUGGAUCCGUGGUGGGCGCGGCGACAAUGCCAGGGCGCCGGAGCAUGUUUCUGGCCGGGACGCGGUGGUGUGGCUCAGGAGGUUCUCCGAAGGCUUCAAUUGUGACUGCCAGAGGCUCCAGGGCGUUCUGGGGAUGCUCCCUGGGACAAAGAGGAUGGUGAUGGGGCACACGAUACAGAGCGAGGGGAUCAAUGCAGUGUGCGGGGCGCAGGCGGUCAGGGUGGAUGUUGGUUUGUCAAGGGGAUGUGGGAACGGCCUACCGGAGGUGCUCGAGAUCAAUGGGGGUGGAUCAGAGGUGAGGGUGAUCACGACAGAUCCAGCCGAGGCCUGGCAGUACCGGAAGCAGAAGCCGGAGAAGGCUACCGCUGCAUUAGAGAAGAAGGGGGAGGUAAAGGAUGGGCUUGCAUUGUUGGUAAGGGAAAGCCAUGUGUUGAAAGGUGUAGAAGCUAAGGCUUAGUUUAGGGUAACUUGAGGAUAGUGAUUGUUUUGGUAAUCCUCAUUUGGGAUUGCCAUGUUGAAUUGGGGGGCAACUGAAGCUAGAGGUCAGAAGUGUUGGGUUUAAGGAUAUGUUGACUGAUUCAAUAAUGGUUAUCCACGGAAGAAAGGAAAGCAGCCAGUGAUUUAUCAAUUGCCCUUUUUUAUGAAGAUCAAGGAUUCAGCAAUUCAUCCAUUAUUUAUCUUCUUCCCACACCGGGGGACAUUUCUCUUGGCAAUCAGUACAAUUGUUGAUUGGUGAUGCUACAAGUACAGACUAAACAUCAACAGGUGCUGUCAUAUGCGCGCAAGACGCAAGAGUAACAGGCCAGCUGCACAAUGGGAGGACGAAAAUUACUAUGCAACUAUGACAAACACCAUGGAAAUGUUCACUCCAUGUCUUCGCUAGAAGAAGAAAAUCAGUGGAGGUGGCAGAUUUGCCUGUAAAGAAUGGUCAGUUCAUGGAAGUUGAACCAACUUCAUGGGCAAUAUUGGCUGUCUGUAAAAACAAAGUGUCAUCUAACUGUCUUGCUGUCUAGAAUCUUGAGCUGGAACCAAUCAACAUCUGUUCAUUCUCUAGAUCAUUAUUCGUCGUCACCCUGGGCUCCAGCCGCACUGUUUUAUGAGCAAUAAUUCUGCCUAUCGUAGUCAGACAGUGUAUUGUACAAGCAGAUAGGAAGUCAUGCUAACAUCAAAUUUACAGUAUGUCACCCUGAAAUAUGAAUUUUAUUGGAGUGCA